UCUACACUUGCCCCCUCUGCUACCCACAUCCCUCCAUGCGCACACCACACGGGCGCCCGCCAAUGAAUGCAUGCAUUGUACUUGAUUGAUCACGGUCUGGCCUUGGGCGCCGCCUGCGGACCCCCUGGACCGCCUCCCUGUUGCUUCGCCGGGGCAGCCAGACACAGUCGGGCCAGCAGACCACUGCAUAUGUAUGCACACCAAUGAAGAGUGGGAAGAGAACGGUCGGGUGCCUGUGUCGAUCUCGUGUGUGAUGUUCCCUCCCCGCCUGCUGACUGACACACCCGAUCUGUACGAGGCUCGACACACCAUCAGCGAAGCGCAUGUGGGUAAUGCCAACGGUCUGAAUCAGCAACAGGCUGGACGAUGAGCGGCAUCCCUCCCUCCCUCCCUCCCUCUGGCGUGCGUGUUUGGCGUGCGUACCUUCAGGUAUUCCAGUCGUGUUUGCUCGUUCAUGUCAUGGGUCUUGAGCACGCGGAACAUCGUCGCUGAAGGCGCAUCGCGUGCGUGGCAAGGGGGUAGACAGGGGGAGGGAGGCGGGUGGGUACUUAUGUGUCAGCCAUGUUUGCUGUUUACCUACCGAUGAUGUCGAUGCCGGCAUAGCCCGCACGCCACAUGCCCUCCAGUAUCUUGUAAGCCUAUAGACACACAGCACACAGCACACAGCGCUCUGGUGAUCAGUGUGUGUGGUCGAUCUAUCUAUCGUGGCUGGCUGGCCCCCACCCCACUUGACUACCGACCGUAUCCCAGUCUCUCUCCGUGCAUGCGUCGAUGGCGUCCUUUAUCCGCUGCGGAUGGGGCUGGUCACACACCUGCGUGUACCAUGCAAAGGGCAGUUAGGGUAGAAGUGUAGCAGUGCCCAUGGCAUGGAUGUGAUGUUGUGUGCUGUCGGCCGACUGACUGACCUUGAACACGUUCUCAUUGUUGACCAUGGAGAAGCCCGACCAGGUCGAUUGCAGGUUGUUGAUCGCCUGUUAAAUCGCACCGACACAACGAACAACACACACGCAUCCACGGACGAACUGUUGACAGCUUGGUCCACGCUGCAUAGGCAUGCAGACAUACAGACAUACGCACGUACAUUUCGCAUAUCUCCUUCGGCCGAGAAGACCAGGGCCUCCAAACCGCUGUCCACAUAGUCAACCUGACACACAGACAGACAGACAGACAGACACACAGACAGGGAUCAACACACACAGGUAGAAGUACGGCACCAAUGAGCGUCCACCCACUUUACCUUCUCCUCCUCAAUGAUGUGCUUAAGCCGCGCAGUCACCUACACACACCGAAGCACAACAUUCAUUGCAAUGAAUGAUGAUAGCAUCCACAGUCCACCUCCCAUCCCUCGGCGUCCCCACUUGUUUGUCGCUGAGUCUUGUGAAUCUGAGUACGGCACAUCGGCUCUGUAUGGGUUCGAUGAUCUUGGUCGACGCGUUGCACGCCAGCGCGAACCGGGUGGUGCUCGAAUGCAGCUCCAUCGUACGACGCAACGCCUGACCGAGAGAGACGAGAGAGGGGAAAGCAUGCAUUUCCACCCGAUCCAGCAGCACCAUCUCUCGCCGUGUGUUGUGCUCCCCCCUGUGUGUGGGUGCCGUGCAGUGCACACCUGUUGGGCAUUUUCUGUGAGUGCGUCGGCCUCGUCCAUGAUGACUAUCUUGUGCCGGCCGGAGGGCAGUAUCAUCUUCUGAGUGGCGAACAUCUUGAUCUUGUUGCGAACCACAUCUAUACCUCUGCACACACACACACGCACACACUUGUCUUUUGAGGAGCUUCCAGUGAGUGCGGAGCUGCCUGUCGUCAGAUGCGUUGAGCUCGAGUACGGCUGUCUUGGCGGCAUCUCCCAGCAGCGUGUUGGCAAGGCACAGCACGCUGGUGGUCUUGCCGGUGCCCGGAGGACCCUGAAAUACACAUCACAUCAUGCGCAUAAUCAACACAGACAUUGGCAGAUCUGUCAAGAUGCGGCCGUGCAUUCACUCCGCCGACUCAUUCUGCCUUCCCCAUUCGUCGCACAGACCCCUUCCAUGUCUUGGGCGUACCGCGAGUAUGAGGUUUGGCAUGCUUCCAUCUCUGGCGAUGGCUCUGAGGCGCUCGACGGCCGCCUCGUUGCCUACGACAUCUAUGAGCUCACGAGGACGGUACUUCUCCACCCACGGCUGGGUCAUUUUACUGCG